UACAGGUGCACGGACGCUCGAAUCGUCGACCAAAUUGAAAAUCGAGAACUCAAUGAUCCAUCCUCCUUGCAAAAUUGCAUGAUUCUCUCAGAGCUACCGUAUACGUUAGGCCGUCAUGAGUCAACAACCGAGCACAUCAUCUUUAUCAUCCACUCCCAGACCCAAUCCUGGGGAUGUGAAGGAAUUUGAUUUCAGAUUCCCUCAGAACCAGAGGAAGAAAUACAGUGUGAUGCAAUUCAACAGAAAUGACAAUGUUAACCUCUCUAAAUGGAAGCAGGCAAAGAUGGAGAGAGAAAACAACAAGAUUCACUACAAGACGGAGCUGGACGACCUUCCAAAGUUUGGGGAGGGGAGUGAAUUUGGCCGAGAGAGGAGAGAGGUAGCAAGGCAGAAGAAGUACGGGGUCAUCGCCCAGAAGUACAAAGAAGAAGACCAGCCUUGGAUUCUUAAACAGGGAGGCGCUGAUGGCAAGACAGCUAAAAAGUAUCGUGGAAGGAAGGAGGGAAAGAUAAAUGAGAACUCAAGCUACUUCAUCCUCUCUCAGCUAGCCGAUGGGACGUUUGAGGCGUACCCGGUAGACUCCUGGUAUAACUUCAUAGCAAUGCAGACCUAUAAGACUUUGAAUGCAGAAGAAGCGGAGGAGGAGUUUGGCAGGAGAGACAAGACAAUGAAUUAUUUCUCAGUCAUGGUGCAGAAGAAACUCAAGAAACAAGAUGAAGAAGAUGUUGAGGAAAAGACAUCAAAAUCAAAAGGCUCAGAUCUAACCAUAACGGAGGAUGAUUACUUCUUAUCAUCAGGGGAGGAGAUAGAGGAUAGUGAUGAUGAGGAUGGAGGGGGGAAAUCCAAGUCUAAGAAGAAGGGUAAAGGCAAGGGGAAGAAGAUGGCUAAGAAGAGACCUAAGAAGAAAGAUGCAGACAGUGAAGCUGAGGAAGAAAGUGAUGAAGGAGACUUUGAUGGCAGGGAGUUUGACUACAUCUCAGAACAGUCCAGUGAUGAUGAUGAGAUGGAGUUAGCAAAGACAGACAUCAAGGGUUUGGAUCAAGAACUCCAACAAUUAGAAGAUGAAGAGGACGAAGAAGAGGAAGAAAAAAAAGAUGAGAACAAAGAAGCCAGCAAAGAAGGGGACAAACCAAAAGAUUCCAAAGAGAGCAAGGAAAAGAAAAGUGAUGAGAGUAGUUCAGAGAGCUCAGGAUCAGACAGUGAUAUUGACGAGAAGAAUAUACACUCUGCUAUGCUCCUUCAGAAGAAGCAUGGUCAAAGGUCCAAGGAGAAGACGCCUUCCAAGUCAGGAAGUGGAAGCCACAGUAGAUCACAGACUCCCACUGUACCAGACAACAUUGCUGUUACAGACUCUACGUUAUCAGAUGCAGCUACAAAGCUUGAAAACAAAGAUGUGCCGAGCAAGAAGAGGGCGAACCCCACCGAUUCACCUGUUACCAAGAGACCAAGGACAGAGAGCCCUAUCCCUGGAUCAUCAUCAAACAAGACACCAUCAGGUCAUGUCCCCUUGACCGAGGAGGAGGUCAAGCGAUACCUCAUGAGGAGACCCAUGACCACCAAAGACCUAUUGGUCAAGCUCAAUCCAAAGAGGACUGGACUACCCAAGGAGCAGAUCGAGACAAAGCUGGCCGAGAUCUUGGACAAGCUCGCGCCGGAGAAGAGGAAAAAGGAGAAAAAGAUCUACUGGUUUAUUAGAGAACAUUCCAAAUAGUGAACAGUUCUAGUGUGGUGUGUCGAUAGACAUUGAUCGGAGGACAGUUGGACUUGGUGUGUUUAAGUAUGGCAGCUCCUGUGAAGGUGCAUAAGCCCAACUUAAAGAAGCAAUCAUUGUUACUGAUGUUAACCCAUUACUUACAGGAUGAGGGCUGUUUCUGUAUGUUGGCAUAUGCAAUCAAGAGAAUCCAGUAGUUACUGGGUUCAUGCAUCAACUGUUGACUGGAGACAGUGGAUCUUGUUGUUCAGAAGUAUCGCAGCUUCUGUGAAGGUGCACAAGACCAGCUUUAAAGCCUGUCUGCACUAGUUUGGCCAGGAGGGAUUAGACCCCCCCCCCCCCCCCUGUGUGGUAACUGGCAGGUGGUUAUCUCAUCAAAUCAGCUCUCAAUUAACAUAAGAAAUAGGGGACCACGGGGAUCAACAGGUACCGCUUUGUUGACUGUAUAGAGAGCGUAAAUAGCUAAGUAUAAGUACAAGUAGUGCAGGCCUGCUUUAACACUGUAGUACUGAGUAGUGAGUACUUCAAAAAUAGUACAGAGUACUUUGGGACUGGUACAGCAUCAAUGAGUGUACAGUGCAAGGAGAACCCCCAAUUUUUACUCUGGACCCUUCUGCCUAUUAUUUGACCACCCUGCAGUUUAGAAGAUAUGAGUUAUCAAUAAAUCCUAUAAAAAUGGGUCAUGUUUGAAUGCUGAUUUACAUGUGUUAUUUUGAACCGGUUUGCCAUGAACAUCAAAUCUGAUGUAAUAUUCUACUCAAGUUUUUGUGCCUAACAGCCAUGGUGCCAAUACCAGGCAUGAGCGACUUUAUGACAGUUUUGAGAAACAAGUAAAUUCUCCCAGCAAGGGUACUGACUCGGGCAAUACAGUCAAACCUGCUUUAGUGACCACCCAUCUACAAAGACCACUUCUUGUGUUUCCCUUGGGCGGUCGCUAUAGACAGGUUUGACUGUACCUUCUUUCUGGAGAUUGUACGGUCACAUGGUAUGUCCCUGUAGGCGCGUACGCAG